AUGGCAGAAAUUAUGGCCAAACCAUCGACUGGAGAUUCCGCCACUGAGAAUCUGCGCCGACGUAAUGCUCCCAUCAGGGCAAAUACCCAAGAAGAUGCCAGGAAAGCCGUGCUCGAGCUGAACGCCCUCGAGGAGAAGGAAGCCAAAGAUGAAAAGGAUCGCAAGACCUUUGGCCGCACUCCCGAUGGCACCGUGUUUACUGUUCCGUACACCCAGGACAUGGUUUCUCAGCUACUGUCUCCCAAAGAACCGAAGAAUCUGUCCGACUUCUUCGUGCUGUUGAUCCUGCUGCUACAUGGUCUUCUAGCAUGGUGCUUACCCUCCGACCUGAGAAAACCCGUGCUUGCCAUUCUCUUCUUGGGCUGGAGAGCCGGCUACAAUAUCGGCAUUGGUUACCUACUUCACAUGCAAUCCCAUCACAAGCUGCUGGUCAGGUGGGCCCGAAAAUCGAAGCUCUUCCCAGUUGCGGCCAAUGGCGAAAAUCCUCACCCUAAACUCCGAGCGUUUAUCAAGAGAGAACUAGAGACCAAAAUUCCCAAGGACUAUGAUUUCGACACCGCCCCCCUUGAAUACAAUACUUGGUUGGUUUUUCGCCGCUUGGUCGACUUGAUUCUCAUGUGCGACUUCACCACCUACAUGCUUUUUGCUCUGUCCUGCGCUCAUAUCCCUGCCACCGAGCCUGUCUUCCUAACAGCACUUCGCUGGAUUGUUGGCAUGUCCCUGUUCGUCUUCAACGUAUGGGUCAAAUUGGAUGCACACCGCGUGGUCAAAGACUUCGCUUGGUACUGGGGGGACUUUUUCUUCCUCAUCGACCAGGAGUUGACCUUUGAUGGAGUUUUCGAGAUGGCACCCCACCCCAUGUACAGCAUCGGUUACGCUGGCUUCUACGGAAUCUCCUUGAUGGCGGCGAGUUACAAAGUCCUCUUCAUCUCAAUUAUUGCCCAUGCUGCUCAAUUUGCUUUCUUGGUCAUGGUUGAAAGCCCUCAUAUCGAUCGCACUUACAACUCUCCCCCUCCCCGAAGGGCCAUCAACGAGUUACCCGCAGCAGCGCAAAUGGACAAGUCUUUGGCUGAACACAGCGCUACCGCAGAAGUGUGGCCUAGUCCUGCCCAUGCACAACCGUCUCAAACGCAUAAUCUGCUGGGCAUACACAAUAUCGAUCUCUAUCGGACUACAGACACUGCAGUCUUCCUCAUACAGUUUUAUCUGUUCGCCUUGACUAUCCUCACCCCCAACACAAGACUUUACCAGGCACUGUUCGUCAUCAAUGCCACUAUUUCGCGGAUUUGGUAUUCGGUCGGUAUUGGCUACUUGUUAAAUAGACAGUCGUCAAAGAAAAAAUGGACCCGCCACUUUCUGAAGUACGGUGAGAGCACGGGAGAAGCCUGGAGACAGUGGAAAGGCAUUUAUCAUCUCAGCAUGACUCUCUGCUAUUCCAGUUUUGCGGCUGCUGCGUGGAAAAUGUAUCGGCUUCCCCAGAGCUGGGAAGGGGGGAUGGCACUGCCCAAGCAUGUCAUCGGACUAGGGUUGAUCGCUCUUCAAUUUUGGGUUUCAUUCAGUAUCUACGAUCAACUUGGAGAGUUCGGCUGGUUUUUUGGAGACUUCUUCUUCGAUCACUCUUCCAAGUUGACAUACGGCGGCAUUUAUCGGUUCCUCAAUAAUCCAGAGCGCGUCCUUGGAACGGCCGGAGUUUGGGGUAUAGCCCUGAUUACGAGCAGCAAAGCAAUGUUCUGUCUCGCCUUGCUGAGCCACACUCUGAGUUUGGCGUUUAUUCAAUUCGUCGAGAGGCCGCAUAUGCAAAAGCUUUAUGGAAGAAGCCUGCGACAAGAUGCUGGACUGGUCAGGAGUCUUCGAAGAUCACUUCCACCUCCUCUGCGACAGUGGCAAGACGGAUUGGACAAAAUGCUGGGUGAUGCCUUUGACGUCCUGGAAGACUUCUUUGACGCGGCCAAACCUAAACUUGCAGCAGGCGUGACCAGCAUUGUCGAGGAUACCAAGAGCCUGCUGCCGAAGAACCCGCAUCGCCUGACCAUGACAAGAAUAGAGCCGGAGCUUGCUGGGUUGGAUCCGAAAGACUACAAGCUCGACAUUGAGGGAACAUUGGCGUCUGCUCUAGCCCAUGCUCAACGCUCGAGUGAAAGAGAAUCCGAACAAGGCAGACUCCCGGCGGAACGCACGAACGAUUUCAAGGCUCUCCUUUUCGAAUAUGGUGCUCCCAUCAAAGUUAAAUGGACUGCACCGCUGAAUCAUGGGAAAAAGGACUGGGUCGGAUUGUAUAUGGUGUCAGACAACAAUUCACGUGAAGUCACAAGACUAUCGUCAUCGGGAAGAUGGAUUGCCACGAACCGCGAUGAGUACGAACUCCUCGAUUCCGAAGUCGGCAUCAUAUCCAGCGACGUCAAGAGUACGAUAACCACUGAAACAGGUGAGACCAAGGAAUGCUUCACUGGCGAAAUGCUCUUCUCAGGCGACAAGUUAUGGUGGACACAAGGCGUCUUUGAAUUCCGCUAUCACCACAAUGGCAAGCAUAAUGUCAUGGCCAUCUCACUCCCGUUCGAAGUACGCAUCCCACGCUUCAGCGAGGACGAUCUCGAGUCCUUCGACACCAGCAUUUCCCUGUCGACCCCCAUCAGUCUUGAACGUGAUGCAAUAGUCCGCCAUACCAUUGAAAACACUCUAUUGCCGAUCGUCCAGAAUUGCUUUGACCGCGACCCCGAGAUUGCGCCACGCACGAUCAAAGAGCCAUUUGGAAGCCUUGUCGACCGAGAUGGGAAAUAUGCCAGGCGUGUGGUGUACGUCAUUCACCAGAUGUUUGGGAUUGAGUUUGCGCCCGAGGUCGUCAAAGCCGAUGGGAAAGUCGAGAAUCUAGCGUGGCGGAUAUGGGAGGCGAAGAAGGUAUUGGCACCUUUUACCAUGUCGAGAUCGAAAGGGCCCGGAACGCCGGUGGAGGUGGAGGUUGAGGUUGAAGGGUGA